UUGAAUUGAAAUAAAUGUAAACAUAGCAAAAGUGACGAUAGGUGACACGUCCGCGCCGGGGUUUCGUGGUUUAGUUUGCUGUCCACUGUUGCGUCCUCGUAAUCAGAUGAGGUGUUCGACUAGCUGUAGCUGCAUGCAAUUCUCCACUCAAGACAUAUCUUCCAAGUGAAUUUAUCAAUAGUUUCACGAGAAAUUGAACGUGGACCAUGUCGGCCAUCAGAUUCAACAAACGUAUCCUGCGCUACGCUUUGAUAGCAUUCUUCAUCAUACUUUUCCUUUACGUGCUACUGUCCAGCAACAGCAAAUCUACGCAUUCGACGACAGCUAUCAAAAAGAAACCAUGGAUAACUCCUGGAAAGCUUGGAAAUUUUGAGCCAAAGGAAAUAAUUGAAAGGGAAGGCCCCGGCGAGGGAGGAAAAGCUCAUUAUUUGAAGAAAAGCCAGGAGAAUGAAGCCGCUACUUCUCUGUCGGCAUAUGGCAUGAAUAUGGCUUGCUCGGAUGAAAUUUCUUUGGACAGGACAAUCCCCGAUUUGAGGAUGGACGAGUGCAAGUACUGGAACUACCCUGAAGAUUUGCCAAGAGCAAGUGUGGUCCUCGUAUUUCACAAUGAGGGGUGGUCAACCCUUUUGCGAACUGUCCAUUCUGUCAUCAACAGAACUCCACCCCAGUUUUUGGAAGAAGUCCUCCUUGUUGACGACUACAGUGACAAGGAAAACUUAAAAAGCAAGCUGGAAAAUUAUAUUCAAAGGUUUAAUGGAAAAGUCCGACUGAUUCGCAACUCUGAGAGAGAAGGUUUGAUUCGAACAAGAGUAAGAGGUGCUGAAGAAGCAAGAGGAGAAGUAGUAAUAUUCCUUGACGCCCACUGUGAGGUUGGAACUAACUGGAUUCCUCCUCUUCUUGCUCCCAUUUACUACAACAGGACUGCAAUGACCGUUCCAGUCAUUGAUGGCGUUGACCACGAUCAUUUUGAAUAUCGUCCAGUUUACCAAGAGGGGCAGCAUUUCAGGGGCAUUUUUGAGUGGGGAAUGUUGUACAAAGAAAACGAGUUGCCUGAUCAAGAAGUUCAGCGUCGAAGCCACAACAGCAUGCCAUAUCGAUCACCGACUCAUGCUGGAGGAUUGUUUGCCAUUAAUAGAAAUUACUUUCUCCAAAUUGGUGCUUACGAUCCAGGUCUUCUUGUUUGGGGUGGAGAAAACUUUGAGCUUUCCUUUAAAAUAUGGCAAUGUGGUGGCAGUAUUGAGUGGGUUCCUUGCUCCCGAGUUGGGCAUGUCUAUCGCAGUUUCAUGCCUUACAACUUUGGCAAGCUUGCUGAGAAGAAAAAGGGACCACUUAUUACCAUAAAUUACAAGCGAGUGAUUGAAGUGUGGUUUGAUGAAAAGUUCAAAGAGUACUUCUACACUCGUGAGCCGUUAGCACGUUACCUUGACAUGGGAGACAUAUCAGAGCAGCUGGAACUUAAAGAGAGGCUGCAGUGCAAAAGUUUCCAAUGGUACAUGGACAAUGUAGCAUAUGACAUGAGAGAAAAGUACCCUGAAUUGCCACCUAACAUUCACUGGGGCGAGUUGAUUAACAAGGCUACGAAAGAGUGCAUGGACACCAUGGGACACGCAGCACCCACCCUGAUGGGUGUUUCAACUUGCCAUGGCUGGGGAAAUAAUCAACUCAUGAGGUUGAAUGCUAAAGGACAAAUCGGAGUGGGUGAAAGGUGUGUUGAUGCCGACCGACAAGGCAUCAAGCUAGUUUUCUGUCCAUUAGGCAGUGUCGAUGGACCCUGGCACUAUGACGAGGCUGAUAAAACUCUAAUGCAUCGAGAAAUGCGUAAGUGCAUUGCUCUGCACCCUCAAUCGAACAACCUGUCAUUGAUGCCCUGUGAUCCCAUCAACACCUACCAGCAAUGGGUAUUCAAGGAAAUCCCCUCACCAUGGCAUUAAUUAGUGCGUCGAUAAUAUAAUUUUCGUUGUUUUCCUGUUGAAUUUACUGCCGACAAAGAAGUGUGCACUUGCCAUAGUGACACUUGGGAUGGGAACUCUUUUUGAGUUUGUGACAUUUUCCAAUUACUGUAACUGUGAUAUGGCCAUAUAAGGGGAUAUGAAACAGGGUUCUGACUAAACUGGUUGUUCCAAAAAACAAAUUUCAGGCAACAACUUCAAUCUAGAUUUAUAAAUCAUAAUCAAAUUUUGAAUUAGUGGAUGUGAAAGACAAACAAUUAAAAUGUUUCACUUCUAAGACCAAGAAAGAUUUAAUAUAAAAAUAAUAUCACAAAGUGCAUGAUCACAUUUCAGUGAUGUGAAAAGUGCUCCUUUGAGAAUGGCUGAUUAGCUAUGAUAUUAAAUGUUUGACUUAGCAACACCUUAUUAAUUCUAGAGCACUGCUGGUAUAUAUUUAGCUAGAAAAAUAGUAACUUGACUUGUUACUUUUAAUUCUUUCUUUGCUCCGCUCGCUCUGUGCUCAAAACUAUCACCUGAUUACAUGAGACAAAUCGCACAGCAUAUCAUGGUAGUGCCUAACUUUCUUUCACAGUAUUCAUUUCAAGGUUUAUAUUAAGAUUUGUUUAGAGUGUUUUUGCACUUUUUAUCGUGGCACGAAUUUAUAACAUUCAUUCAACUUUCACGAGUGUAUCUUGGUAUUUUUUUAGUGUAAAUGACUAAAUGUUUACCCUUUAUUAUUGGUGUUGGGGGUUUUGUAUUUAUUUUCCUUUUUCAAGUUUAUUUUGUUAAGUUUUCCAUUCAGUACUUCAUGUAAAACUGUCUGUCUAUUUCAAAUUUGUUAAAAUGAACAUUGUAGCUUCACAAAAUGAAAAUAAAGAAGUUAUGGCGAUAAAUU